AUGGGAGGGGCCUCUGCCAUUCGUUCACCUCACACUUCAGAUGUUAAAGGGGCAGCAGAGAGCUCUGUUGAAAAUGAAAUGGAGGAAGAAAUUUACAAUAUGUCCCAAACUCCAUUUCAUCAUAAGGUCAGCAACACUGCCACCACUAAGAUGGAUGACAGCACUGCCUCAGUUUCAGCCAUAACCAAGAUGGCCACCAAUACAGCACAUACCACCAAUGUCACAACUAAAAUGGCCACUGUUUCAUCCAAGACGACUUCUACUGGAUUCAAGACUAUGACCUACAACCCUCAUAUGCCAUUGGAAAUGGCCGAGGAUUUACCACCAUCGGCUGGUGUGAUUAUCCAACUAAUACAAGACUAA